CCUCAGCCCCGCCCGCCGGCCCUCGGAUUGUUCGCAGCUGCUGGCUGCUCGCGGCUCGCCCGCGCCGGCUGUUUGCCAUUUCCCGGCCCCUGUUCCUGAGCGCUCUGCCCCUGCGUCCGGGAGGGGGGCUGGAGGAGAGCGGCGCGGCGUCUGGAGGGGCAGCCGGGCCGAGCGCAGGAGGAGGCGCCCUCUGCGGUCACCGCCGCCCCGCGCUAUCCCCGCGGCCGGCCACUUUCGGACGCGGGCGGCGAGCGGGCCCGGGGACAGCCCGGCCCCAGGAUGGCCUCCACCACCACCUGCACCCGGUUCACGGACGAGUACCAGCUCUUCGAGGAGCUCGGAAAGGGGGCUUUUUCGGUGGUGAGAAGAUGUAUGAAAAUCCCUACUGGUCAAGAAUAUGCUGCCAAAAUCAUCAACACCAAGAAGCUUUCUGCCAGGGAUCAUCAGAAACUGGAAAGGGAAGCUAGAAUCUGCCGUCUUCUGAAGCACCCCAAUAUUGUGCGGCUGCACGACAGCAUCUCGGAGGAGGGCUUCCACUACCUGGUGUUUGACCUAGUUACCGGGGGAGAACUGUUUGAAGACAUUGUGGCGAGAGAAUACUACAGCGAGGCCGACGCCAGUCACUGCAUACAGCAGAUUCUGGAAAGCGUGAACCAUUGUCACCUGAACGGCAUUGUGCACAGGGACCUGAAGUCCUUGCACUCAGCAGAUCCUGGAGGCCGCCCUGCAUUGCCAGCAGGUGGGCGUGGUCCACCGGGACCUGCAGCUAGCAAAUCCAAGGGAGCGGCUGUGAAACUGGCGGACUUCGGCCUGGCCAUAGAAGUGCAAGGAGACCAGCAGGCAUGGUUCGGGUUCGCGGGCACGCCCGGCUACCUCUCCCCAGAGGUCCUGCGGAAGGACCCCUACGGGAAGCCAGUGGACAUGUGGGCCUGCGGCGUCAUCCUGUACAUCCUGCUGGUGGGGUACCCCCCGUUCUGGGACGAAGACCAGCACAGGCUCUACCAGCAGAUCAAGGCCGGCGCUUACGACUUUCCAUCCCCAGAGUGGGACACGGUGACCCCUGAAGCCAAAGACCUCAUCAACAAGAUGCUGACCAUCAACCCCGCCAAGCGCAUCACCGCCGCCGAGGCGCUCAAGCACCCCUGGAUCUGCCAACGCUCCACGGUGGCCUCCAUGAUGCACAGGCAGGAGACGGUGGACUGCCUGAAGAAGUUCAACGCCCGCAGGAAGCUGAAGGGUGCCAUCCUGACCACCAUGCUGGCCACGAGGAAUUUUUCAGCAGCCAAGAGUUUGCUGAAGAAGCCAGACGGAGUGAAGAUAAACAACAAAGCCAACGUGGUAACUAGCCCCAAAGAAAAUGCCCCUCCCCCGGCGCUGGAGCCCCAAACCACUGUAAUCCACAACCCUGACGGAAACAAGGAGUCCACGGAGAGCUCCAACACCACGAUCGAGGACGAGGACGUGAAAGCCCGGAAGCAGGAGAUCAUCAAAGUCACCGAGCAGCUGAUCGAAGCCAUCAACAACGGGGACUUCGAAGCGUACACAAAAAUCUGUGACCCAGGCCUUACUGCUUUCGAACCUGAGGCUUUGGGCAAUUUAGUGGAAGGAAUGGACUUUCACCGAUUCUACUUUGAAAAUGCCCUGUCCAAGAGCAGCAAGCCGGUGCACACCAUCAUCCUGAACCCCCACGUGCACCUGGUGGGCGAGGACGCCGCCUGCAUCGCCUACGUGCGGCUCACCCAGUACCUGGACGGCGGCGGCCUGCCCAGGACCAUGCAGUCCGAGGAGACCCGCGUGUGGCACCGCCGGGACGGCAAGUGGCAGAACGUGCACUUCCAUCGCUCGGGGUCGCCCACGGUGCCCACCAACUGAGCGUCCGCAGUGCCAUGCCGGCGUCGUGUCUCCGGGCCCCUGGACACCCCUGCCUGCUCGCGUGCGUGAGGCGUGGGGGCCGGACGUGGGGCCUGUGGGACACGCGUGUCGCCUCGCCGUCACCCUCCCGUCCGCGUCCACGCCUCGCCGCGGGCGCCGUGCAGACCGCAGGGGCCGCCCGGACCCCCGCCCUCCAGCCUGCUCGUCGCUUCUGUCGAUGCCAAGAUUGGACAGACCCCCACGGCUGUUCUCACGAGGACGGCUUGUAAGAAAAAUGUAAAUUUUUAAAAACUCUUCGCUACUGAUCCGUGUUGGCUUGUUUAACAAAAAGGGCAGCAGCACGUCCUGUUUCCCGGCGAGACCCCGGCUGAGGUGGAGUUCUGCCUGAGCGCACUGCUGCUGGCCUCGGGGCGGACGGCGGCCCCCAGAGUCCCGUCGCUCUGGUCAGACCGCAGCGGGAAGCCCCCGUCACGCCCCUGCUGGGUCACUUGCCGGGUGCUGUCUCCGUGCCGGGGGACUCGUGGGACUGAGUUCUGUGCUUCUCAAGUCUGCUGCUUUCCCAUUUCACCCCGUUCUUCUCUGGCCGCCCCCCCCGCCCCCCCCCCCCGCCUUCUCCCGUCCGGCGGGGAGGGGGAGGGUGCGGCGGCCACGGGCCUGCGGCUGGACCCCCUUGGGCCCCCAGCAGCUCCACUGGGACGGCACAGGCUGUCCCCGGUGGGGCUCCAGCUGGCACUCGGGGACCCGGGGGGACCCGUGACAGGGUCUGUGCCGCGGGCAGCAGGGGCAGGGCGCCCCCCUGUGGCUGCUGUCCGGAAGUCAGAGAGGCCACAAGCGCUUCCACCCUCACCCGUGUUUGCACUCGACUGUUGUGACGUGUGCUUCUCAGCAUCUCCUCCUGUCGGAGCACCACCACGCCCCUGCACGGAGUUAGGGUCCCCAGUCCCACGGGUGACGGGGAGUGCUGGGCUCUGUGUCUCACCCCUCGUCGCUCGGGGUCCACGCGGCCCUCGGGGACGCGCCCCCCCCCCACGCCUGCGCUUCCCACAGAGACGACCCCGCGGCCCCGCCCUCCCCCCCCACCUCCUGCGUUCACAGCGCCUCACCUCGGUUCCCUUGCUAGUGGAUGUGUGGUAGACGGACUAACGCUUUUCUGGUAAUUACUACAUGAUUUAAGACAAUAUAUAUUUAAACUAAACAUACACAGUAAAUGUAUUGAGCCAUGUUAACCUGCCAAUGAAAUCUGUGAAGUAACAGCCUCCGUUCUCCUUGUUGAUCUCUCUUUCUGUGCACGGCUGCACGUGGCACACCUGUGUGUAAACCAUAGGCCCCCGUGGUCGUCUGACACCCCGAACCGAGCAUGUCGUGCGGGGGGGCCGCCGUGGACCCGCCGCCCCCACGCCCAGGGGCCGGCCCCGCGGCUGGCUCUGCACGGCGGGGCCCACGUCCGCCCCCCGUCAUGUGAAACACUGCAGUUUACCAUGGGACACUGUACAUAUUUCUUGCCAUAAUGGUAAAUGACCGAUUGAUAUAUUUAAGAGUUAAUAAAUUUGUGAUUUCUGCUGA